AUGGUGCAGAAGUCUCGCAACGGCGGCGUGUACCCUGGCCCGAGCGGGGAGAAGAAGCUCAAGGUGGGCUUCGUGGGGCUGGACCCCGGCGCGCCCGACUCCACCCGAGACGGCGCGCUGCUCAUCGCCGGCUCCGAGGCCCCCAAGCGCGGCAGCAUCCUCAGUAAGCCGCGCGCGGGCGGCGCGGGCGCCGGGAAGCCCCCCAAGCGCAACGCCUUCUACCGCAAGCUGCAGAAUUUCCUCUACAACGUGUUGGAGCGGCCGCGCGGCUGGGCUUUCAUCUACCACGCCUACGUGUUCCUGCUGGUCUUCUCCUGCCUCGUGCUGUCUGUGUUCUCCACCAUCAAGGAGUACGAGAAGAGCUCGGAGGGCGCACUCUACAUCCUGGAAAUCGUGACCAUCGUGGUGUUCGGCGUGGAGUACUUCGUGCGGAUCUGGGCCGCGGGCUGCUGCUGCCGGUACCGCGGCUGGAGGGGGCGGCUCAAGUUUGCGCGGAAGCCCUUCUGUGUGAUCGACGUCAUGGUGCUCAUCGCGUCCAUCGCCGUGCUGGCCGCCGGCUCCCAGGGCAACGUCUUCGCCACGUCGGCGCUGCGCAGCCUGCGCUUCCUGCAGAUCCUGCGCAUGAUCCGGAUGGACCGGCGCGGCGGCACCUGGAAGCUGCUGGGCUCCGUGGUCUACGCGCACAGCAAGGAGCUGGUCACUGCCUGGUACAUCGGCUUCCUCUGCCUCAUCCUGGCCUCGUUUCUGGUGUACUUGGCGGAGAAGGGGGAGAACGAUCACUUUGAUACCUACGCGGACGCGCUCUGGUGGGGCCUGAUCACCCUGACAACCAUUGGCUACGGGGACAAGUACCCCCAGACCUGGAACGGGAGGCUCCUGGCGGCAACCUUCACCCUCAUCGGCGUCUCCUUCUUCGCUCUUCCUGCUGGCAUCUUGGGGUCUGGCUUUGCCCUGAAAGUUCAAGAACAGCAUCGUCAGAAGCACUUUGAGAAGAGGCGGAACCCUGCGGCAGGCCUGAUCCAGUCCGCCUGGAGGUUCUACGCCACCAACCUGUCACGCACGGACCUGCACUCCACGUGGCAGUACUACGAGCGCACGGUGACCGUCCCCAUGUACAGCUCGCAAACUCAAACCUACGGGGCCUCCAGACUGAUCCCGCCGCUGAACCAGUUAGAGCUGCUUCGGAACCUCAAGAGCAAAUCUGGACUCACCUUCAGGAAGGAGCCCCAGCCGGAACCAUCCCCAAGUCAGAAGGUCAGUUUGAAAGACCGUGUCUUCUCCAGCCCCCGCGGCGUGGCUGCCAAGGGCAAGGGGUCCCCUCAGGCCCAGACCGUCCGGCGGUCGCCCAGCGCCGACCAGAGCCUGGAGGACAGCCCAAGCAAGGUGCCCAAGAGCUGGAGCUUCGGGGAGCGCGGCCGCGCGCGGCAGGCCUUCCGCGCCAGGGGCGCCGCUUCCCGGCAGAACUCGGAAGAAGCAAGUCUCCCAGGGGAGGACAUUGUGGACGACAACAAGAGCUGCAAUUGCGAGUUUGUGACGGAGGAUCUGACCCCGGGCCUCAAAGUCAGCAUCAGGGCCGUGUGUGUCAUGCGGUUCCUGGUGUCCAAGCGCAAGUUCAAGGAGAGCCUACGGCCCUACGACGUGAUGGACGUGAUUGAGCAGUACUCGGCCGGCCACCUGGACAUGCUAUCCCGCAUCAAAAACCUGCAGUCCAGGAUAGAUAUGAUUGUGGGCCCCCCACCCCCUUCAACUCCCCGGCACAAGAAGUACCCCACCAAAGGACCCACGGCCCCUCCGAGAGAGUCACCCCAGUACUCACCUAGAGUGGACCAGAUCGUGGGGCGAGGCCCGGCCAUAGCGGACAAAGACCGAGGCAAGGGCCCGGCUGAGGCAGAGCUGCCCGAGGACCCCAGCAUGAUGGGACGGCUGGGGAAGGUGGAGAAGCAGGUCCUGUCCAUGGAGAAGAAGCUGGAUUUCCUGGUGAACAUCUACACGCAGCGCAUGGGCGUCCCCCCGACGGAGACCGAGGCCUACUUCGGGGCCAAGGAGCCGGAGCCGGCGCCGCCAUACCACAGCCCCGAGGACAGCCGGGACCACGGCGGCAGGAACGGCUGCAUCAUCAAGCUCAUCCGCUCCACCAGCUCCAUGGGCCAGAAGAACUUCUCGGCGCCCCCCGCCGCGCCCCCCGCCCAGUGCCCGCCCUCCACCUCGUGGCAGCAGCAGUGCCACCCGCGCCAGGGCCACGGCACCUCACCCGUGGGGGACCAUGGCUCGCUGGUGCGCAUCCCGCCGCCACCCGCCCACGAGCGGUCCCUGUCCGCCUACAGCGGGGGCCACCGGGCCAGCACGGAGCUCCUGAGGUCGGAGGACGGCCCGGCCUGCAGGCCCCACGAGGGCGCCCUGCGGGACAGCGACACGUCCAUCUCCAUCCCGUCCGUAGACCACGAGGAGCUGGAACGCUCCUUCAGCGGCUUCAGCAUCUCCCAGUCCAAGGAGAACCUGGACGCCCUCAACAGCUGCUACGCUGCCGCCGCCGCGCCGUGCGCCAAAGUCAGGCCCUACAUUGCGGAGGGCGAGUCGGACACGGACUCGGACCUCUGCACCCCGUGCGGGCCCCCGCCGCGCUCUGCCACGGGCGAGGGCCCCUUCGGCGAUGUGGGCUGGGCCGGGCCACGGAAGUGA